UUAAUAAUGAUUAAUUGAAAACAAUUUGAAAUACUUACCUAUAACCUAUUCAUGAAUAUAAAUCUUUUACAGCAAACUGGUCCAAUUACGGAUCAUGAUCUAUUUUUUUAAAGUAUAGAGUUGUGUUGAGGCUGCUGAAAAAAUUGAGGAGAUGGAAACUAUGAGUAUGGAACAUGCCACAACGAAGAACCAAAGACGAAAAGCCAGAAAAAAGUUAAAACGGGAGAAUCACGGUGCAGAAGAACUUAUUCCUGCCGAAAAAUCAGCCAGCAACGCUCCCAUUCCUUCAGACGGUACAGCAGUCGUUCCGAUAAAAAAGAAGAAGCGAAUACGUGGGCGUUCAAGGCGUGCGAACGGCAACGCCAAGAAGCCCAGGCUGGCCGCAGCCAGUGAAGAGGACGGCGAAGAGCCGAGCGAUGCCGCGCCGAAACAGGCCGCCACUGUACAGUCGGAUUUUACCAUCAUUGGUGCUCAAACCCCCGCGAAGAAGGCCAAACUUCCCCCGUUCCUGCCGGCAUGGUACAGCAGUCCUGUUCCCAUUGCAGCGGGACUAACAAGCUCCUUGGUUCCCCUGGAGGAGAUUUCCGGUUUGAAUCCGCACUUUAUCGAUGUACUGCGAGAACAAGGCAUGAUUAACUUUUUUCCCGUCCAGAGCGCUGUGAUUCCGGAAAUUCUGAGAUAUCAGACAUUCCAGCGUUACUAUGCGCGCCGGCCACGCGAUCUGUGUGUGUGCGCUCCCACCGGAAGUGGGAAGACGCUGUCGUAUGUGCUUCCCAUUCUGCACGAUUUGAUUUCCCGUCAUGAUCAUCGCAUUCGCGCGCUGGUAUUGCUGCCGGUGAAAGAAUUGGCGAUUCAGGUGGCGGAUGUGUUUCGAACCUUUGCCAAAGGAACACGCGUGAAAAUUGCUCUAGUAUGCGGAAAGCAGUCAUUUGAGCAGGAGGCGAAAGAGCUAUUUGUGCAGAAUGAUGACACGUUAAGUUUACCCGGAGGCUUGAGCAGUGAAAUGAGUAGUGCUGUCACUGCUGUGGAUGUUCUAAUAGCUACUCCUGGUCGCUUGGUGGACCAUUUGUACGAGACCAAAGGAUUGGAUAUGCAAGCGCUGGAGUAUUUGAUUGUAGAUGAAGCUGAUAGGAUGAUCGAGGAAUUCAAAAAUAAUUGGUUCCGCUUGCUGGAGCGAGCAGUUUUUCGGAACCCUGAAAUCAGACCAGCGCUGCAAUACAAUUGCCUCGCGGAUCUGGAAACACCAUCUCUUCCACUGCAAAAGCUCCUGUUUUCGGCCACUUUAUCGUACGAUCCGCAACGCUUUGAGACAUUAAAACUUUAUCGUCCUCAGCUCUUCUCCGUGGUGUCCGGCUACGUCGGCGAUGAUGUUUUGUUCCGUAAUGACGCGGAGCUGGUCGGCGCCUAUGUAACGCCGGAAGGAUUAAACGAACUCUUCGUGCAGUGUGACCCACGUCUCAAACCACUUAUUGUUCUCCAUUUACUUCAUAAUCUUGCAUGGAGACGCGUUCUUGUCUUCACCAAUUCCCUGGAAAGCACUCAUCGUUUGUAUCGUCUGAUAAGCCUCUACAAAAGUCCCGUCAAGCUCAACGUUCAGGAAGUCUCAUCGGAGGUGCUCCAGCGGAAACGACAAGCGACGCUGGAACGAUUUGAGAAAGGCAAUGUGGAUGUGAUUGUUGCAUCGGAUGCCAUGGCGCGUGGCAUUGAUUUACCCAACGUGGAUUACGUGAUAUUGUACGAUGUGCCAUUGCAUGCUAAGACCUAUAUUCACCGCAGUGGUCGAACGGCGCGGGCCGGACGACAUGGAACAACGCUAACGCUUCUAAAGCCCAAUGAGAAGAAAGAAUUCAAUGGGUUAGUGAAGGCGCUGAAGAAAACGUUUCCGAAACAGCUGGAUGUGAAAGCUGACGACAUGUCUGCUUUGGAAGCAGGAUACAAGAAGGCUCUGAAAGACCUGGAAGAUGAAUUAGAAAUGAAAGUCUGACAGAUAUCAUAUUGUUAUCAAAUAAAAUAUACCAUAAUGGAUAUUGUUUGAUUGCUCGUAUACCUGAACCGAAUGUGUUGAAGGUGGAACGGUGUAACUGGGUAGAAUAAAAACAUCCGAAUUUGUUCGUAAUUACGC